UCUCCCUCCUGAAAUCCAUUUUCUUCCAUCCCUGAAAUUCAUUUUCUGCUGGUGGGUUGGUGAGAAUGGAAGAAACGCCUAACAGAGGAGUAGGAGUUUCAGAGAAUGGGAUUGAGGAGAUAGAUUCGGAGCUGAGACCUAUUGAGAUGCUUUCCCAGAAAACGAACGGCAAAACCAACGGUGAUGAUGGGGUCUGGGCUUCAGGACCCAUGAUCAAAAUCAACGCCUCUCAUAGCACUAAACAGCACCAGAUGACUCUUCCUGUUCAUUCUACUUUUGGUGUGAAGGACAUGUCAAAGGUGGUCCUCAUGGAGGAUGCAGCCAGCAAGGAGAGGAAGCUUGAGGAGAUGAAGAGAGAUCAAGUGAUCUCUGAAGCUCUUAAUUCAGUUGCCCUAGUUAGAGCAGAGGUUGAUAAGCUCUCACAAAAGGCGUCUUCUUUGGAGGCAGUCAUGCAUGGUGGGACCAAGGUUGCUGAAAAGGAGUUUGUGGUGUUGACUGAAUUAUUCAUGGCGCAGUUGUUGAAAUUGGAUAGCAUUGACGCUGGAGGAGAAGCAAAAGUACAGAGACAGAGUGAGAUACUUCUUUCAUGUGAAUUGGAGUCUAGAGGAAUUAUCUGCUUCUCAGCCAAAUAUGCAUGUGUGUAUACGCACACACAUCCAGAUCAGUGGUGUGAGUGCCACACCAUAGGUGGAACAUGCUCCAAAAGUCUUCAUCAUUGGAAAAUCCAAUCCUUUGAUCAGUAUCUUGCAAAGAUACAAGCAAGGGACAAGAAAGGAUCAAAGGCUAAGAUACCUGAUAGUUGUAUAUGAUCAGCGUACGCAGUGCCGGUGCUGGGUUCUUAUUAGAUACUUGUAGCGGAGCUUUAAUUGAAUCCUGUUUGGUUGGUUGAUUAUUUUUUGAAA